AUGGCGGCGUUUCGGUAUACACACGCUGUCGUUAGCCGCAUACCGAGUUCUCUGCGAAACCGUGGAGAAAUUGACUUAGAAGAAGCCAAAAAGCAACACGAAAAUUAUGUGAGGAUAUUACGUGAGAUUGGCUUGGAUGUCAUAGAACUGCCUCCGGAUGAAUCAAUGCCAGAAUGUGUUUUUGUUGAAGACACGGCAGUUGUUUGCAAUGGGACCGCUCUAAUUGCUAGACCAGGUGCGGCCCACAGGGCCCGAGAGAUAGAGACUAUUCGAGUAGUGCUGAAGAAAGAAUUAGACCUGCCCAUUAUUGAAAUGUCAGAUUCCAAAGCCAGAUUAGAGGGUGGAGAUGUUUUGUUCACAGGUCGAGAGUUUUUUGUCGGCAUAUCUCAAUCCACGAACGAAGCAGGUGCCAGAGCUGUAGCAGCCGCCUUUCCAGAGUAUCCGUGCACACCUAUAAAGGUUCCGGAUGCCAAACACUUGAAAUCGUUCAUCACAAUGGGUGGACCCGAUCUGCUGUGUGUAGGUUCAAGUAAGGAAGCGCAAGAGGUUUUGAAGAGGAUGGAAAGAGAAGCUACAUUCAGUUAUGGUAUUAUUACGUUGCCCGAAGAUGAGGCAGCAAAUGUUUUAUAUUUAAACAAUACAUUGGUGCAUAGGAGUGUUGAAGAAAUACCUCAAUCGGUGAAGGUUUUCGGUGAAAAAAUAGACUACCCUAGACGAUGUCUUAAUAUGUCACAACUCGCUCUGCGGUCUUGUGGCUUGACAUCAAGCUGUAUACUGGUUCGAAGGACUCGCCAUUUAAGAAACCUUUAA